GGCCCGGCAUGGAUGGCCGCGACUUCGCGCCGCCGCCUCAUCUGCUUUCAGAGCGCGGGAGCCUGGGCCACCGCAGCGCCGCCGCCGCCGCGCGUCUCGCUCCGGCCGGGCCCGCCACUCAGCCCCCCGCGCAUUUCCAGCCCGGGAAGUACUUCCCAUCGCCGCUGCCCAUGGCUUCACACACAGCCAGCAGCCGUCUGAUGGGGCAUUCUCCGGCCUCCUCUUUCAUGGGCAGCUUCCUCACCAGCAGCCUGGGCUCCGCAGCUGCCGCGCACCCUGGCGGCGCCCCCUCCGCCCCCUCCGAGCAGGCCUACCGAGGCUCCCACCCCGCCCCGGCCCAGGUCUGGUUCUCUCACUCCCAUGAGGCUCCAGCAUACCCCAGGUUUUCGGGGAGUCUGGCAUCCACCUUCCUACCCGUGAGCCACUUGGAUCACCAUGGAAACAGCAAUGUUCUCUACGGGCAGCAUCGUUUCUAUGGAACCCAAAAAGAUAACUUCUACCUGCGCAACUUGCCCCCCCAGCCCACGCUCCUGCCCUCCAACCACAGCUUCCCCGUGGCCCGCGCUGCUCCUGCCCACCCCUGUAGCCGAGAGCGGGGCGAGGCCGGCCCCCCGUCGAAGGGCCCCAGGGAGUUUGACCGCUUCCUCACGUCGAAAGAGCUGGGCAAAGAGAAGGCCAGCAAGGCAGUGGAGGGCAGGGAGCGGCCAGUGGAGGAGGAUGGCGGCAAAGAGAGGCACAAGCUGGUGCCCCCCAUGCCGGUGGACGGGCCCUGCAAGGAGGGCGGCCCUGGGCCCCGGGGCUCCUGUGAGGGCCGCCCCAAGCACCUCACCUCCUGCCUCCUCAACACCAAGGUGCUCAAUGGUGACAUGGGCAAGGCCGCACUGGCCAGCUGCGCUGGGGGCAUGCUAGGCCGGCCCGGUGCAGGGGUGACAGCUUCGGGACGGGCCAAGGAGGUGGUGGGCCCCCCGGAGCCCGGGCCGGCCUUCAGCGAGUGCCUGGAGCGGCGACAGAUGCUGCACCACGCGGUGUCCUACACGGUGCCCUCUGGCCUACCUACCGGGCCCCCCCCACCCCUCAGCACAGCUGCUGGGUCCUUCCCCUGCCUGCAGCUGCACACGGGCCCCGACGGGCUCUGCCCGCUGCAGGACAAAGUCUCCCGGGACCUAAAGGCCAGCGGGCCCACCUUCGUGCCUUCUGUGGGACACCUGGCCGACAAGAGCCGCCCCUUCCAGGCGGCCGAGGCCUGUGCUGUGGCAGGUGAGGGCAAGGACCGGCACCUGGAUGGGGCCCUGGUCCCCGACCACACUGCGCCCUACGGAGUCUCCUACACUCACCUGAAGGCCGAGGGCAAGGGCGAGCGGCGGCCUGGGGGCUUCGAGGCGGCCCUCAACCCCCGGCUAAAGGGCCUGGAGUACCUCAGCAGCCGCCCCGAGGCCUCCUUCCCUGGACUCCCCAAGGGUGGUCUGGACAAGAGCGGCUACUUUGAGUUGCCCGCCCCCUCGCAGGACUGUGCCCGGCCCGGUAAUCAGGACCUGCUGGGUGGGAAGGCCGCCCAGGCCUGCUGCACUUUAGACAAAGCUGCCAACAAGGAGGCCCCCGCAGCACCCCCGGGGGCCCAGAAGGUGGCCCGGAUCCGGCAUCAGCAGCACUUGGCCACCCCUGAGGUGGAGCAGGGGGGCAGCGGGCCUGAGGUCAAGCGCAAGUCCCUGGAACUGGCCUCUCUGGGCUACGGCGGUCCCCACCUGCCCCCAUGGAGUGUCCAGGCCGGUCAGGGCACCACCAUGCCCAUCAGUGAAGAGCGCCAGGGCAGUGCCUACCUGGACCCCUUCGGCAGUGGCCUGCAGCAGGCGGCCCUCCUGUCUCAGGAGCUGCCUGCCCCGCCCGACGAGGUCUCGGCCAUGAAGAACCUGCUCAAGUACAGCAGCCACGCGCUGGCUGUGGGCCAGAAGGCGCCCUUCGUGGGUCUGGGUGGCCUCAAGGCCAGCUGUGUCCAGCAGGAGACAAAGUUCCCCGCCUCCAAGGGCCCAGGCGCAGUGGACAGGCCCGACUGUGCCCGGAGCCGGGAACACGAGGCCGCGCAGGUAGACGGGGAGGUGCGGCAGCCGCCUGUGGGCAUCGCGGUGGCCUUGGCCCGACAGAAGGACACAGUGAGUCGGCCGGAGACCACCUACAACACCAACAGCGGGCGGCAGGGCCGGGCCGCCCCCGCCUUCAAAGCUGGAGGGGGCCCCCGUGCCACACACGCCCUGGACCUGGAGGGUGAGGAGGAGAGGACGCGGCUGUGUGAUGACCGCCUGGGGCUGGCUGGCCGCGAGCUGCUGCUACAGGACAACAAAGACCUCGUGGAAUUUGCCCGGAUUCACCCCUCAAGCGGCUGCCCUGGAGAACUGGCCUCCCACCUCGUGAUGCAGGGUGGCCAGCUGGGUGGGGACCCAGCCCCCCAUCCCCACCCCGCCCACCCCCCCUGGCUGCCCCGCACCCGCAGCCCCUCUUUAUGGAUGGGGGGACAUUCCUAUGGCCUCGGGCACCCUGCCCUGCACCAGAACCUGCCCCCUGGCUUCCCCACCUCUGUGCCCGGCUCGGUGCCCUCCGUGUUCCCCCUCCCCCAGGAUGCCCCCACACAGCUCCUCAUCCUGCCCUCGGAGCCCACGCCCCACGCCACCCCUCACGCGCUUGCUGACGUCAUGGACCAGGCCUCACUGUGGCCCCCCAUGUACGGGAGCCGGGGCCCCACCUCCCACAUGCAGCACCCGGGCCAGCUCCCCGUGUACUCCCGUUCUCAGCUGCUGCGGCAGCAGGAGAUUUACGCCCUAGAGCUGCAGCGGGCUGCCCAUUUCCAGCGGAAGCCUGAGGACCACCACCUGGAGCUCGAAGAGCCCACCCAGGAGAAGGCCCUGAAGUCCACCCACAAGCCAGUUGCCUUAACCCCCAUGGCCAAGAGCGGCCCCUCACCUGCCGCUGCAGGCCCGGUCAAGCUGCCGCCCUGCUGCCACUCACCCACCCUGAAGCCCCCUACCAGCUGUCCCACACCACCACCUGGCCCCAGCGCCCCCUGCACUUUAUCCGUCUGCCCUGCCCGCAGCCCAGGGCCCAGCUCCAAGGUGCCCAGCGCCGAAGACAAGAGUGGGGAGGGCCGGCGGGCCGGAGCCCACCUCACCACAUUGGAACCAGACCUGCCUCCAGGAUACCUGCGCCCCACGCCUGGCCUGGGCUUCCCUGCCUCCCUGCCCUCGGGAGGGCGCUCCUCGGACCUCCCGGACCCCGAAACUAUGCAAACUGCCGCCCCAGGGGCUGAGCCUGCGAGGACGUUCCUGCCCAGGGAGCCACCCCCCUGCAGCCCCAGGGGCCUGGAGGAGUCUGGGCUGCUCUCAGGGGCCGGGGAGGCCACCCAGGACCGUGCCGCCACACCCCACCCCGCUGAGCGGGGACCCCCAGGGAAGGCAGAGGACCCCAGCCCACUUGAAGGGCUGCAAGAACUGCAAUUUGGGGCCCUCCUCGAGGGAGGAGCCCCUGAGGCCACUGGCCAGGCUGAUUCUACUCAGGGAAGGGCGCAAGCAGAGAGGACCAGAGAGGAGGGGGUGCAGGGACCCCCACUGGGGGCCUCCCCUCAAGCCCUGCAGCAGCAAGCAGGGAGCCCUGGUGCCCUGGAGGAGGACGAGGAGGGCCUGGGGCUUGCCCCGGAAGAGGCCCAGCUGCAGGAGGGAGGUGUGGAGGACUCCGAGGAGGACUGGGGGGCUCCCAGCAGCAGCCACCCACCCAGAGCACUGCUGGGGCUAGAUGCCUUGGUGGCCGCCACUGUGGACCUGGGGGACCUGCCCAGCCUGAGCCUGCUGGACCCUCUCCCCGCCGAGACCUCUGGGCCCCCCAGCACCGCCACCCUGCCCCGUAGCUCAGGGAUUCAUGGAAUCGCCCUGCUCAGCGAGCUGGCAGACCUGGAGGCCCAGCGACAGAGCAGCCAGCGGGCCACGCCAGAAGAGGAUGAGGACGUGCUAGCCUUCAACCUGCAGCACCUGGCCACACUGGCUACCGCCUGGUCCCUGGUAGAAGCCGCCAGCCCAGACAGCUCCUUCUCCUCAGCCCAGCCCCCUGCUGCGGACCCUGGUGGCCCCAGGCUCACCCCCCGCAUGCAGAUCCUACAGCGCAAGGACACCUGGACCCCCAAGACCAAGCCUGUCUGCCCCUUGAAGGCUGCCAUCGACCAGCUGGACACACAGGAGGUGGAGAUGCGCAUGCAGCUGGCAGAGCUGCAACGGCGCUACAAGGAGAAGCAGCGAGAGCUGGCGCGCCUGCAGCGACGGCAUGACCAUGAGAGAGAGGAGAGCUCUCGGAGCCCUGCGCGGCGGGGGCCUGGCCGCCCCAGAAAGCGCAGACACUCCAGCUCGCUGUCUGCCCUGCGUCCCGGGGGCCCGCUGGCCAGGAGCGAGGGCAAGAAGGCCAAGGCAGUGAGGGCCAGCCUAAGCCUACUGUGUGCAGAGCUUCGAGGCCGCGAGGAGCCCAGGAAGAAGCGGAGCAAGCUGGAGGACAGCGUCUAUGUGGGCCUGCAGCCGUCCUCCGGGGAGAAGGUGCGGUGCAGGAAGAGCAACACUCAGGGUGAGCUGGGGUCCUCUGUGGCCCACCAGGUGGCCCAGCUGAAGCCGAAGGUCAAGAGCAAGGGUCUGCCCAGUGGCCUCGGCCCCUUCCAGCGAAAGGAGGCUGCCCCAGGUGGGCGCAUCCGGAAGAAGCUGUCCCGAGCCAAGAGUGCCAAGGUGUCCAGGGCAGCCCGGCACUCACAGCCCGGCGGUGACGGCGGCAGGGAGAUGCCAGUGGGGGCCACGGCACACGAAGCAGGCAGCGGCUAUGACAGUGAGGACUGCCAGGCCCUCCUGGAGACGGCGGGGGCCCCCACGGAGCCCGGGCUGGUGCUGCACCCGGGGUGUGGGGCAGCGGUGCUGGGGCCCUCGCCCUCUUCCGUGGUCAAGAUGGAAGCCAACCAGAAGGCCAAGAAGAAGAAGGAGCGGCAGGGCUUGCCAGGGGCCUGCCGCCUGUCCAGCCCCGAGGGCGAAGUCAAGAUCAAGCGACGGACAGUGAAGGCCAAGGUGGGCGCCAAAAUGGAGCGGGCCCCAGGCCGGCGACCCCCAGGUGCACCGGGCAAGAGGAAGUCCAAGGGUAAGGCCAACAACGGCCUGCGGGCAGAGCCAGGUGCCACUGCCACCAGGGACACCCUCUUCAGUCCCGCCCAGGCCUUCACCUGCCGCGAGGAAGGCAGCAAGCUGGCCAGUGAGCGUCUGCAGAGAGCCACGCGCAAGAGCACACUGCUGCAGCCCGUGCUGCGGAGGAAGAACGGGGCCCUGUCCAUCGCCCUGUCUGCCCGCAACGCUAAGGCCAUCCUAGGAAAGGGCAGGAAGCUGGGCAAGGUGAAGAGCAAGGCUGUCGGCACCCAGGCUCAGGGCCGAGCGGUGAGCCGGCUGCUGGACACCUUCGCUGCGGAACACGACUUCAAGUUCGGCCGAGACAGCAGCUUCUCGGAGGAGGAGGAGGAGGAGGCCAGCAGCCCCCUGAGUGUGGAGCAGAGCACUGCCCUGGCUCGAUCCUGCACCAUCCACAAGGAGGACCUGCAAGACGGGCUGCCUGUGCUCAUCCCCAAGGAAGACAGCCUGCUGUACGCGGGCAGCGUCAGGACCCUGCAGCCCCCCGACAUCUACAGCAUCGUCAUCGAGGGCGAGAGAGGCAAUCGGCAGCGGAUCUACUCGCUGGAACAACUACUGCAGGAGGCGGUUCUGGACGUCAGGCCACAAUCCAGCCGGUACCUCCCGCCUGGCACCCGGGUGUGUGCCUACUGGAGCCAGAAGUCUCGCUGCCUGUACCCAGGCAACGUGGUCCGAGGUGCCUCCAGCGACGAGGAGGAAGACCUGGACUCCGUGGUCGUGGAGUUUGACGAUGGGGACACAGGCCACAUUGCUGUCUCCAACAUCAGGUUGCUGCCUCCGGACUUCAAGAUCCAGUGCACAGAGCCCUCUCCAGCCUUGCUGGUGUCCAGCAGCUGCCGGAGGACCAAGAAGGCAGCCAACGAGGCCCCCCCCUCCAGUGAGGCCCCCACCCCCAGCCUCUCCCCUAAAGCACAGGAUGGCCCAGAAGCCACAAAGACCCCUGGGAAGAAAUCCAUCGUCAAAGACAAAGCUGGCAAAGCAGACCUCCUAACCUCAGGUGCCAAGUCCCCCACGGGGGCCUCGGACCACUUCCUAGGCCACAGGGGCAGCCCCCUGCUGAGCUGGUCAGCGGUGGCGCAGACCAAGCGCAAGGCGGCGGCGGCGGGCAGCAAAGGGCCAGGGGUGCUGCAGAACCUCUUCCAGCUCCACAGCGCCAAGAAGCUGCGGGCCCGUGAGGCCCUGUUCCCCGCACACACCGCGGCCGCCCCUGUGUUCGGCAACGGCUUCCGCGCCGACUCCUUCAGCAGCCUGGCCAGCUCCUACGCACCCUUUGUCAGCGGGUCUGGGUCAGGCCUGCCCGGGGGAGCCCACAAGUUGCUACGGGCCAAGAAGUCUGAGCGGGCGGAGGCCGAGAAGGGCGGGCGGCGGCGGGCAGGCAGCGAGUUCCUGGUCAAGCUGGACCACGAAGGUGUGACCUCCCCCAAGAACAAGAACUGCAAGGCGCUGCUCGUGGGUGACAAGGACUUCGGCCCCAAGCUGGGGCGCCCUCUGCCCAGCCCCAGCUACGCACACCCGGCCCUCAUGGGCAAGGACAAGAAGGGGAGGGCACCCGCCCACCCGCUGCCCAUGGGGCUGGCUCUGCGCAAGUACGCAGGGCAAGCCGAGUACCCACUGCCCUGCGACAGCGACUGCCCCAGCUCCUACUCGGACGAGGACGAGGACGGGCCGGGGCUGGCCGCCGGCAUGCCCUCCCGCUUCCUCACCCGCCUGUCCAUGUCCUCCUCCUCGUCCGGCUCGUCCACAUCCUCCUCCUCAGGCUCCAUGUCCACCUCCAGCCUCUGCUCCUCAGACAACGAGGACUCCUCCUACAGCUCUGACGGGGAGGACCCGGCCCUGCUGCUGCAGACCUGUCUCACCCACCCCGUGCCCGCCCUCCUGGCCCAGCCCGAGGCCCUGCGCUCCAAGGGGGGCAGCCCCCAUGCCCACGCACAGCGCUGUUUCCUGUCCAGGGCCACGGUGGCCAGUGCAGGUGCGGGCACCGGCCCCAGUGGUGGCAAAUCCAAGCUUAAGCGCAAGGAGGCCUUGAGCUUCUCCAAAGCCAAAGAGCUUUCCCGGGGGCAGCGGCUGCCCUCCGUGGAGAACCGGCCAAAGAUCUCAGCCUUCCUGCCUGCCCGGCAGCUCUGGAAGUGGUCGGGGAACCCCACACAGAGACGUGGCAUGAAGGGAAAGGCCCGGAAGCUGUUCUACAAGGCCAUCGUCCGGGGCAAGGAGGUGCUGCGCAUUGGGGACUGUGCCGUCUUCCUGUCGGCCGGGAGGCCCAACCUGCCCUACAUUGGCCGCAUCGAGAGCAUGUGGGAAUCUUGGGGCAGCAACAUGGUGGUGAAGGUCAAGUGGUUCUACCACCCCGAGGAGACCAAGCUGGGGAAGCGGCAGAGUGACGGGAAGAACGCGCUGUACCAGUCCAGCCACGAGGACGAGAACGACGUGCAGACCAUCUCCCACAAGUGCCAGGUGGUGGCCCGGGAGCAGUACGAGCAGAUGGCCCGGAGCCGCAAGUGCCAGGACCGGCAGGACCUCUACUACCUGGCGGGCACCUACGACCCCACCACCGGGCGCCUGGUGACGGCGGAGGGCGUGCCCAUCCUGUGCUGAGCUGCCCGCUGGGCCAAGCGAGGAGCCCCGAGGUCGGGCUGAGCCAAUAUGCAAACCCACCCAAGGCUUUUCCGUGAUUCUCCCUGGAAAGAGCGCUCUUAGGCGUGGACCCCAGUCCCGUCCAUCUGCUGUGGAGGGUCAGGCUGGCCCCAGGCCCCUGGCCACUCUGCUUUCCCGCAUCGGCAGUUCUCGAGAUUCGUAUCCAAGCCAUAUUUCCUAUACCUCCGACUGUCCCACCAGGGAAAGCAGAAAUCAGGUGUGUCGUCUAUUUAUUUCUCUAUGUAAAUAUUGUAUUUCUGCGGGGAAGUUUUAUGGAAAAAAGUGGAAAAGGAUUUUCCCCCCACUGGCGUGACGAGGGUGUGUCUGUGUGUGCGUGUGUCUGUGUCUGUGUGUGUCCGCGCGAGCGUGUGCAGGGAUUUUGUUCUGGAGUUUUCUAUGGAAAUGCGCUGUUCUCCUCAGCCUAGCUGAGUCCCCGAGGGGGCGCUGGUGUCAACAGAGGUAGCUGGGACUGGGGGCAGAGAUCCCGGGACAGGGACCCCGGGACAGGUCGGGCGGGACCUGUUGCACCCUGUGAUCUCUUCAGGGCCGACUGUAGACAGAAGUCACACUGGAGUUCAUUUCCUUUCGAGACAUCUGUUAGGUAAAGGAAGAAUCGGGGUUGGGGGUGGCAAUGAGGGUCCCCCUGGAAAGAAAGGAUUCCGGGCCAGGAGACGAAAGCAGGCUCCGUAGCCCCCCACCCAGGAGGGCAGCGGCCAGGCGUACCUUACCUCUGCUUAAAACAAAACAAAAGCGAACAAGUGUUUUAAGAUACGAAAAGAAAAGGCGCUGUCUUUAUUUUAUGACCUAAAUAUUCCCGGUCGUUUCUGAUUUCCGUUCACAUGGCCAGUUUGUCACAGGGAGCAGGGCUUGGUCAGCCCCGACCCCCUUCUCACCACCAGGCAGGGAGUGUGAAAGACACCCUUCCCCUCCAGGUGCCUCCCCGUGGCCCACAACCAUGGCCAACCUCACUGGCCUGCUCAGGCACAGAUGGUGGAGAGCCCUGUGGAGGCCCUGGGGUGGGGGGAAGGACCCUCCCCUUCUCCUCUCUUCUGACCCGCAGCCCCCUGCCUGCUCCACCCCGUAGGGUUUCUGGGUCUUUCUGUGGCCACUUGGCAGGACAGACUUCCUGGCCUGGCAGGAUCAUGCCUGGGGCACGGAACAAGCAUCUCCUGUGCCCACACCCUGCCCCCCCAGGCCCUGCCAGAGGCCCUUGUCUCAGAACUGUGUUGGGGGACACAUGCUCCCCAGGUCUGGUCACCAAUUCCUCACCCCAUUGGGAGCUGCAGGAAGGCUCCCAGAAGGAAGGGU